AUGGAAGCCGCUACGACAGCAAAUGGGCAACAUGUUUCAGAAACUGGGGACAACGGAGAUUUUACCAGGACGUUGUUGCCCCCGAUAGGCGUGCGGGGAAGCCGUCGCUUCGAAGCCCCCCAACCUCCACCGGAAGUUGACAAAUUUUCACGGGCCAUGGACAAGGUGAUGGCUGAGAGGGCUCUCACGGUAGAAGCCCCGGGGGAGGAGAACGCGGCGGGACACAUCAUAGCCAGGAGGGAGACCCAGAUGGCAUCUAAGCACGGGAUAGCCAAGGUUGGCAAGGGCGUGGUGGAGAAGUUCCAUGCCGCGCGCCACAACACUGCCAUUAUGUCAGCUAUGGGUCAUCCAGGGCUGGAGAAGUUGGUGGCCAAGGAGGAAGAGGAGAAGCGCAAACGGAGAGCCCGAAUUAAGGUGUCAUUAAUUAAAAGCCGCCAGUAUGUAUGCAUGUAUGCAUGCACGCACGUGCUACAUGUAUGUGUAUGUGCGCGCUUCUGCGUUUCGUUUGUCUGUCUGCAUGUCCGCCUGUUGAUGGUGGUGGCGGUGUUGGUGGUGGCGGUUGCGAUUUUCCAGGAACUGACGGCGCAGCGGAACAGCGCCAACGGCCGGAACUCCCACUAUCGCGGAGGCCACGAGGGCGAGCACCAGCACCAGCACCAGCUGCAUCCCCAGGCCCAGGUCCAGCCCCAGAGCAGUGUCCCCCUCAGCCAACACGGCUCCGAGCUCCCCAACGUCUACGUGGCGCUAGGCCAGUCCGCGCCCUCCUCCAGGAACCCAUCCACAACCUUGCUGGGCAGCCUACCGCCAGCGCAGCCGCAGUCGCAGUCACACGCACAGCAGGCAGCAGCGCAAGCAGCGGCGGUGCAAGCACAGGCAGCGGCGCAGCAAACGCAGGUGUCGGCGCAGCAGCCGCAGGCAGCGGCGCGGUCUGGUGGCGCCAGUGCGCGGAGCAACCCAGCUGGAGGGGGCGGGGGCGGGGGAAAGGAGACGGGGUCGUCACCCAGGGCGGCGCCCCCCCGCACCGGGGUCCCCAGCGGACUUCGACCUCUGGCCGUCAGUACAGGUGGUGCGAGCAGUGAGUGGGAGGGGCAGUCUCACUCCAACAAGGGCUCCAGCACCUCACGGAGGGGGGGUCCCGGUGGGAGGUGGCGGAGGAGGGCCCAGGCCAACACCGCCAAGUCAGGUCACAGCAGCGAGUCCGUGAUCCGAGCCACAAGUCGGGUGGGCCGCGUACUGGCGGAGUUCGGCGGCCACGACGACUGGUGCUCCGUGACCGUACUGCGGCACAGCCUGGCAACCAUACUGCAGGCCAACAUUCGGGGCUGGUUGGUUCGCCGCAAGUGGCUAGCCAACCCGAAUGCGCUGGUGAAUGCCACCAAGGCGGUGCUUGAGGCAGAGCGAGCGCAGAAGGAGCGGCGAGCGGCGCUGAAACUCGAGCUGGAGCGGCGGGCGCUGACUCGGAAGCAGAAGGAGAAGGCUGCGAAUGUACUGCAGAUGCUCUUCCCGCAGGUACGUGUGGGCGUGUGGGUGGGCGGGCUGGGAGGUGUCGGUGUGCGUUCGGGAUGGGGUGCGGAGAAGAGCAUGGUGGGCGUCCCCCCUUCGGCAGUACGGCGCGGCAGUAGCGGCGACAAUGUGCCACAUGGCGGCAACUCCUCCUCAGCUCGAGCCAAGUGGACUCGCCUCAAUAAGAACCUUGACCUCGCAACGGAGCAGGAGGCCUUCGACCUGGCUGACUCACUGGACGGCAGCGACAGCGAGACGUCGGACCUGGGGCUGGAGGAGAUGGCCUUGGUCAAGAUGCGCGCGAGGACACCGCCGUGGCAGAAGGCGGAGCAGAGCCAGUGGGAAGGUCAGUGGGCCAAGCUCAACACCAAGACGGGGAGAGGCAAUUUGGACGUCGUAUGGGACCUUUCCGACACGGCGGCGAGAGUUCAGGCGGUGCAGCAGCGGCGUGCGGAGCGGACUGCUUCUUCAGCGGACGGCAAGACGUCACGCGCCGGCGAUGGCGCCGCAGCUGCCGACUCGCAGCAGUACGACCCGGCCACGCAGCCGCUGCCGGCGGCCGUUGUGAACGAGUUGCUCGUCCACCGAUACAUUGACAACUGGGUGAAGGUCGCCAGUAAGCGCGCAAUGCGUAACAUCAAGUACGCCACCUGCGAUGAGGGGUAUUUGCGUCCCUUGGGCUGCUAG